AUGUGGGGGCAUUCGCCCGAGGAGGCGAUGCGCCGAAGUGCAGCAGAUGUCUUCCCCGACUCGCUGCACAACCGCGAUGAAUUGCAGUCCCCCGUGCCCCACGACACUGGCGAUUCUGGCGACACGACGACAACGGUGCCGCCGUCCCCCGAAUCCGAAGGCAUAUGGGGCGAGCGCGAGAUUGGCGGCCCUGUUAGUCAACGGGCAGCGCUGCAGGACUUCGAGGAGCUCCAACACCAGCUCAGCGCCAGACUGACGAGGACGCGGUCUCGCGCUUCCGCCGCGGAGAAAUCAACGAAGAGCAGAAAGGGCUUCUUCCAGCGCAUGGCGUCCCACGCAAGCGGCAAGUCCAGGGGCGCCGCGGCAGCGGACGGUCAAGGCAACGAUGAAGAGGCCGGGCGAGACGAUCUUGACGGGGACGAGGACGACGUGACGGUGAGCCCCGAGGAAGACAAUUUCUCUCUGGAGAAGUUCAUGCGCGAUGGCCACCUCGAGAAGCGGACUGAGAACGGCGAGUCGGCCAAGAAGCUGGGCGUGGUCUUCAAGCAUCUCACCGUCAAGGGCGCCGCGACGGGUGCUACGUUCGUCCGAACCCUGCCGCACGCCAUCCUCGGCACUUUUGGCCCCGAUCUGUACGGCAUCAUCUGCAAGUUCUUCCCGGCCCUGCGAAUGGGUCACGGCGGCGAGCUCCGGACGCUGAUCAACGACUUCACCGGCGUGGUGCGGCACGGCGAGAUGAUGAUGGUGCUUGGGCGGCCCGGCAGCGGGUGCAGCACCUUCCUCAAGGUCAUCGCUAACAACAGGGACUCGUACGCCUCUGUUGAAGGCGACGUGUCGUACAGCGGCAUCCCGGCAGACGAGGCCCGCAAGCGGUAUCGCGGCGAGGUGGUCUACAACGCCGAGGACGACGAGCACCUGCCGACUCUGACCGUCGGGCAGACGCUCAAGUUCUCGCUUCUGAACAAAACCAGGAAGAACCUGAGGGGCGACGUGAACCUCAUCAUCGACGCGCUCCUGCGCAUGUUCGCCAUCAAGCACACGGAAAACACGAUCGUCGGAAACGCCUAUGUUCGCGGUGUCUCGGGCGGCGAGAGGAAGCGCGUCAGCAUUGCCGAGACCCUGGCCACCAAGAGCACCAUCGUCUGCUGGGACAAUUCGACCAGGGGUCUCGACGCCUCGACAGCGCUCGACUACGCCAGGUCGCUGCGCAUCAUGACCGACGUCUCGGAUCGGACGACCAUCACGACCCUCUACCAGGCGGGCGAGGGCAUCUACGAGCUGAUGGACAAAGUCCUGGUCAUUGACGAGGGCCGCAUGCUGUACCAGGGUCCUGCUAAGGAGGCGAGGAAGUACUUUGAGGAUCUCGGGUUCUCCGCGCCGCCACGGCAGACGACUCCCGACUUCCUCACCUCCAUCUGCGACCCGAACUCCAGGCAGUUUCGCGAGGGCUGGGAAGACCGCUGCCCUAAGACGGCCGAAGAACUUGAGAAGGCGUUCCGCAACAGCCCCGCUUACCAGAGACUCCUCGCCGACGUCGAGGACUUUGAGCAGCACCUCCAGCAGACAGGGCACGCCGACAUGCAGCGUUUCAAGGAGUCGGUGCAGGAGCAGAAGUCGAAGCGCGUGGCCUCGGGCUCCAACUACACGAUCCCGUUUUGGAAGCAGGUGCUGGCCUGUGCGCGCCGCGAAUUCUGGCUGAUCCUGGGCGACAAGACGGAGCUCUACUCCAAGUACUUCACCAUCAUCAGCAACGGCCUCAUUGUCGGCUCGCUCUUCUACGACACGCCGUCCUCGACCGCCGGGACGUUCCUGCGCGGCGGUGCCGUGUUCUUCUCCAUCAUCUUCCUCGGCUGGCUUCAGCUUUCCGAGCUCAUGAAGGCCGUGUCCGGUCGUGCCAUUAUCGAUCGCCACAAGGAGUACGCCUUCUACCGGCCGAGCGCCGUCACGCUCGCCCGUGCCCUCGUGGAUCUGCCCAUCCUCGUGCCUCCCGUCAUCUUCUUCAUUAUCCUGAUGUACUUCAUGACCGGCCUUGACGUCGAUCCCGGCAAGUUCUUCAUCCAGCUGUUGUUCACGUACGUGACCACGUUCUGCGUCACGUCCCUGUACCGCAUGCUGGCCGCCUUCUCGCCGUCCAUCAACGACGCUGUCCGCUUCUCAGGCAUGGCCCUGAACCUGCUCGCCAUCUUUACUGGUUACGUCAUCUCCAAGCCGGUCCUGCUGUCGCAGAAGAUCUGGUUCGGCUGGAUCUACUACAUCAACCCGUUGAGCUACUCGUUUGAGGGCGCCCUGUCCAAGGAAUUCCACGGCCGGGCGAUGGAAUGUGCCCCAGAACAGCUGAUUCCCCAGGGCCCUGGCGUGCUGCCCGAGAACCAGGGCUGCGCCAUCCCGGGCGCUCGCCUCGGCAGCACCAGCGUUCUCGGGGAUGACUACCUCGGCACCCAGUUCGACUACCGGUUUGGGAACCUCUGGCGCAAUUUCGGUGUCGUUAUUGCCUUCUCCGUGCUGUAUCUCCUCGUCACCGUCGUGGCCACGGAGAAGAUCUCGUUUGGUGGUGCGGGCGGCGGUGCGCUGGUCUUCAAGCGAUCGAAGCGGACGGCCAAGCAGGUCAAGACGCCGGGUCCCGCCGACGAGGAGAAGGGCAACGUGUCGGGCCACUCGUCGGCCACCGAAGUGCCGUCUGGUGACGAGGAUGCCGGCUUCAAGGGCCUGACGGGCAGCGACCGGGUCUUCACGUGGGAGGACGUGACAUACACGGUCCCGACGCCGGCAGGGCCUAAGCGGUUGCUCAACGGCGUCAACGGCUACGCGAAACCCGGCGUCAUGGUGGCGCUCAUGGGAGCCAGCGGUGCGGGCAAGACCACGCUCCUCAACACGCUCUCGCAGCGGCAGACUGUCGGCGUGGUCGGCGGCAGCAUGCUCGUCGACGGCAAGCCCUUGGGCGGAGACUUCCAGCGCAGCACCGGCUUUGUCGAGCAGAUGGACCUGCACGAGGAGUCGGCCACGGUGCGGGAGGCGAUCGAGUUCUCGGCGCUGCUGCGCCAGAGCCGCGACAUCCCACGCCAGGAGAAGCUGGAUUAUGUCGACCGCGUGCUCGACCUGCUCGAGCUGACCGAGAUUCAAGACGCCAUCAUCAGCUCGCUGGGCGUGGAGCACAAGAAGCGGCUCACCAUCGGCGUCGAACUCGCCGCGCGGCCGUCGCUCCUGCUCUUCCUCGACGAGCCCACCAGCGGCCUCGACGCCCAGUCGGCCAUGUCCAUCGUGCGCUUCCUGCGCCGGCUGUGCGCGGCCGGCCAGGCCAUCAUCUGCACCAUCCACCAGCCGUCGUCCGACCUGAUCCAGGAGUUCGACAAGAUCCUGGCGCUCAACCCGGGCGGCGACACCAUCUAUUUCGGCCCCGUCGGCCGCGACGGCUCCGCCGUGGUGCAGUACUUUGCCGAACGCGGCGUGCACUGCCCGCCGGGCCGCAACGUGGCCGAGUUCCUCCUGGAGACGGCCAUCAAGGGCGGCAGACGGCCCGAUGGCAGCCGCAUCAACUGGCCGGACGAGUGGCGCGCCUCGCCGGAGAACAAGCAGGUCCUAGCAGAGAUCCAGCAGCUCAAGGCCGAGCGCGCCCAGAUUACCGCUGCCCAGUCUUCCAAGGAGUCCACACCCACGGUGACGCACGAGUUCGCCGCCCCCGUAACCUCCCAGAUCCUCCUGCUCACCAAACGCAUGUUCAUCCGCCAGUGGCGCGAGCCGUCCUACAUCUACGGCCGGCUGUUCACCGCCGUUGUGAUCGGCAUCUUCAACGGGUUCACGUUCUGGAAGCUGGGCGCCUCCACGGCCGACAUGCAGAACCGCAUGUUCACCUGCUUCCUGAUCAUCAUGAUCCCCGCGACGGUGCUCAACGCCGUGCUGCCCAAGUUCUACUCGAACCGCGCACUGUGGGAGGCCCGCGAGCACCCGAGCCGCAUCUACGGCUGGGUCGCCUUCUGCACCGCCGAGGUGCUGAGCGAGAUCCCCGGCAGCCUGGCCGCCGGGGUGUUGUACUGGCUGCUGUGGUAUCUCCCCACGGGUCUGCCGUAUGAUGCGCCCAGUGCGGGUUACGUGUUCCUGAUGACGCUGCUGUUCUUCCUGUUCCAGUCCAGCUGGGGCCAGUGGAUCUGUGCGUGGGCGCCGAGCUUUACCGUCAUCAGCAACAUCCUGCCGUGCUUCUUGGUGGUGUUUUGUCUGUUUAAUGGUGUCGUGGUGCCGUAUUCGCAGACGAAUGUGUUUUGGAAAUACUGGCUCUACUACCUCAACCCAUCCUCCUACUGGAUCGCCGGCGUGCUAUCCGCCACCCUCCCCGGCCAGCCCGUGCGCUGCGACCCCUCCGAGGCGGCCUACUUCAACCCACCUUCGGGACAGACAUGCCAGGACUUUGCCGGCGGGUUUGUCACCAGUGCCGGGAGGGGGUAUCUCAUGAACCCGAACGACACGGCCGACUGCGGCUUCUGCCCGUACACGGACGGAGCGCAGUACCUGCAGACGCUGGGCAUCGAUCCGAGCGUGAAAUGGCGCAACUUUGGCAUCUUCCUGGUGUUUUGUGUCACGAAUUGGAUGCUGGUCUACUUCUUUGUGUACACGGUCAGGGUGAAGGGGUGGAGCUUUGGGUUUGGGCCGCUGUUUGGCGGGGUUGGGAAGGUGGUACGGGGUGUGAAGGGAUUGUUGGUUGGGGGGAAGGAGAAGAAGGGGGAGGAGAAGGGGAAGGGGAGUGCUUAG